AUGGCAUCUUUCUUUGAUAUCCUGGGCGUCGUCUUCGGUAUUCUCGGCACCGUGAGCGCCGUCCCUAUCGUCCUGCAGUGGCUCGAAAACAGGCUCCCGCAGACGCUUCUCCGCCAGCUCGAAGCCGUCGUGGCCGAUAUCGAGUCUCUGCUGUCCGACCUCGCCCAACAUGGGGUUCUCUUCAAGCACACGGCUCGACGCGAGUACCAGGAACACAUUGCCAGUAUAGAGAAGCGUGCACGCAAAGCGAGGUUGCGUAGCUACCAGGCAACGACGUAUACCGAGCAGCUACGCGCUUUCUUAACCGGGCUCUCGAAAGACGUCAUAGCGUUGCACGACGAAGCCAUACAGCUGCGCGCUUCGAUAUGCGCUGCUGCGAUUACCGCACGGGACGUUUUCACGUCGCCGUAUCCUGCCUUCUGGGAACCUCUGACGACCGUUCCCGUCACCUCUCCCCUUCCAGAACCUGCUUUUACGCCGCCCGCCCUUUUCACUCCCUUAAAGUCUCUGCAUAAAGUCGUUCAACCACUUCGACCCGCCCUCCGCAAAGCGACCUCGCGCCGCUCACAAUACCCUCGUGAUAUCGGCCGCGCGAGAACACGCGAGCACACACCACGCCCCCGCGCGCAGUCGCUCCCGCCGCUUCACAUCACCCAUUCGCACAAGCAAGGAUCGGACUUCUCCCAGACAGAGGCUUCGGGCUUCGACGAUCUAGACGCGGAGGCAGACGAGGGUGGCCUGCGUCGUCGGAACCGGGGUCAGCGGAAGGUCCAGUUCGACAAGCUCGUUGACGUUCUGGAGUUCGACUCGCCAUCGACGUUCGAGGAGGAAAGCGAUUGA